AUGGGAAGCAGUGGGGCUGGAAAAACGUCGCUAUUGAAUGUGCUCACUUCAAGAAACCUUUCUGGAUUGGACGUCAGCGGUUUUGUCACUGUGGAUGGAAGGUGCGUAAGCAAAUGGAGAAUGAAGGAAAUAUCGGCCUUGUACAGCAAGAGAACAUGUUUAUUGGAACAUUGA